CUUCAAGCACGUGAGAAAGGUGGAUCGUUGAAUGUCCAGAAUGUUCUUAUAUCUGUAUGAGAAAACAUGGUAUUCGAAAAGACUGGGAAAGUUACCAUAUCCGUAGUUGGGUAUCCAGGCUCAGGAACGGAUGUUCGUCAACAUGUUGGGAAAUCUUGUCUCAUAAACCGUUUUAUGGCCCCAUACAGGUUCAAUGAAAACCACUUGUCAAUUUUAAGUUUGUCAGAUUAUGAUAGUGAAGUCAUCUGUUCAAGCCACUGGCUAUAUUGGGGAGACAGUAGUGUGAAUGUUAACGGCUGUAAACUACAUAUCCAAAUAAUUGAGCAGUGUGACUUUGUGGAUGACCAUCUUUUCCAACCUCUUUUCGAACCCAGACCAUAUGCAGAACGAUGUUUGGACUUUAAAAUCACCUUGCAUUCAAGAAAGUUGUGUUACGUUUGUAAGGAGCAGCUUGGGCAUGAGUCGGCUUUUCCGCAGGUUUAUCUUGAACCCACCACUUUAUUUGUAGAUGUCUUUGUAUGUGUAUAUGACAUGUCAUUAUGUGGUCCUUCGGCUCUGCAACAGGCUGCCUUCUUAGAUCAUGUCAUCACUCGUCUUUCGUCUCUUAAGUUUCCAGUGGUUGUCGCAACGUCUAAACAUGAUAUGAAUGUUUCUAGUCAGGCCUCAACUCUCUUUAAAGAUACACUCAGUGGAUGUAAAAAACAUUGGAUGAAAAAUCUGUGUAUCGUAGAAACGUCUUCACGCCUAAAUGUAAACGUCAAAACUGUUUUUCAAUGUGCUGCAGUUUUUGGACAUCACAAACGUGCUAAUAAGUACAAACUCCAUACUGGCCUUUUACGUUGUUCACUCAGAAAAUCAUCCAACGAACGCAAACCGUUCCCUAUGUGUUUCGGAAAGUCAGUGUGGUCUAGUAUACGUUGGGUUCAAUAUGGUACCAGUUCAUGUGACACAAACGUCCAUUCGAUUAGCAGCGAAUCUCCAAAUGUUCGACACGUAUCUUAUUUUCCUCCACUUGUACAGUCUCUCACAUUUCCUAAACAGCAUAAUAAACUAAGGAUUCCUGGACGAAUCAUUUUACCACAGAUGAUUGGUGUAAACGAUCCAAAUAUUCCUAUCACAAAACCCAGUUCACCCUUGGAAACGAAAACCUAUCAAAUGAACGCAAGUCUAUUUCCUGAUACCCAUUUUCCUAAAAACAGUUCUUUUGUUCAAGACAUAACUUUACCAAAAUAA